ACGAAUAUAAGAAGUGGCACGUAAACUUUUGAAUUUAUUGAAAGUAUUUAAUUAUUAUUUAAUGUAAAAUAAUAAUUAUAAAUAAACUUUUUCGAUAAAACAAAAUUGGAAUAAUUAAAAAUUCUUUAAAUAAUAAAAUAAAAUUUAGUUUAAAUAUGGAUUAAAUAUAAAAAGUAUAAAAACAAAAAUGAAAUCUGAUUCUAACCUCAAAAUCACAUGUCAAAAUAACAAAAUUAAUUAAUUUUAAUGCAUUAAAAUAAUUAAAUAUCGUUCAAAAAAUUAAUUAUUGAGGAAAUAUAACAGGCGAAUAAUAAUUACAAGUAAUAAAAAAGGUAAACUACUGUUAUAAAUAAAAAAAAAAAAAAGAUUUUUUUCUGUAAAAUUUAUAGUAAAUGUAUUGUAUUUUGAAUUAUUGGAGAAAAUGGCUCCACUUUCAUUCAACAAAUUAAAAAAGAAAGUAACGGAAAUUCCACAAAAACCAAAAGCAAAAAUUAAUAGAUUCAAUGGACUUACAGAAGAGGAAAUUCAAAAAAAUUGUCCUCCACUUCCAGAUUAUUUAAAAAUGAAUCUUAAUUUAGUAUUUAUUGGAAUAAAUCCAAGUUUAAUGUCCGCUUAUCGUGGACGAUAUUAUGCUGGACCGGGUAAUCAUUUCUACAAACUUCUCCAUGAAUCUGGUCUUAUUUCACGAAAUAUUAAUUUUGAAGAAGACGAACAACUUUUAACAUUUGAAAUUGGUUUAACAAAUAUUGUUGAUCGUGCGACAAGAUCAUCGGCCGAUUUAAAUCGAGAUGAAAUUAAACAAGGUUCAAUAAUUGUUGAAAAAAAAUUACGUUAUUAUAAGCCAAAAAUUGCUAUUUUUAAUGGACGUUGCAUUUAUGAUGUAUUUGCAAAUAAAACAGGAAAAUUUGAUUUCAAUUUUGGCUUACAAUCAGAAAGAAUUGGCGAUACUGCAAUUUGGGUUGUACCAUCGAGUAGUGCAAGAUGUUCAAAUUUUCCACGAAUGAGCGAUAAAUUAAAAUUUUAUUUAUCACUUAAAAAAUAUUUAUCAUUUUUAAAUGGUGAAAUUAAUGAUGUUGAUGUAAAAGAAUUUUAUUUUAACGCUGGAAAAAUUAAUGAAUCAAUAAUGUGGAGACGAAAGAAUACUUCAUUAUUUUUAAAUUGUGGAAAAAUUGCCAAUAAAGUGACAUUAAAUUCGUCAAUUUCUGAUAUUACAUCAGUUAAUAAUGAAUUUGUAAUUAAAGAAAUAAGAAGUCAAAAUGGAAUUGAAAAAUUUGAAAAUAAUUCUCUCGUUAGAGAAGAAAAAAAUGAAAUUAAUUAUGAUAGUAAAAAUUUGACAAAAAAAAAUGAAUUGAAACAAACAUUUAGAAAAAUGACAAAUUUUGAUACACAAUUUAAAAAAAGAGAGAAUUCCUCCGAUUUUGUGAGCUUAAUUAAAGAGAGAAUAGAGGCAAAAAAACGAAAAGCAGAUGACAUUGAAAAUUCAUAGAACAAUUUUUAAAAAAUAUAAUAAUUAAAAUACAAAAAAAUAGUUUUUUUUUAAAAAUAAAUUCAUUUUUCAAAAUUAAA